AUGAAUAUGAUCGUCGAACUCUGUUUAAUAUUACGGAUUGUUUUGAAUGAAAAUCAACACUACGUUUUCCAGGGAGGCUCAGUCCAUUCUUGCAAAGCAACAAAUGAUGUGAAAAAUAUGCAUACGCCAUCAACUAAAAUGUCUUCAAGCGAUUACAUUUCUACGCCCGACACAUGGGAGAGUAAUCCCGACUUAAAGUCACUGUGGGUUUAUCGGCCGCCUUCCAUACUGCCGCACCAGCCUGAUAUUGCAGCUUCCCAACACACUGUUCUGAAACCACGCCAUUUAAUAACAAAACUUGCUAAGCCUCUCUUUUAUGGAUUUGAUCCUUUUUUUGAAAGAAGAGCUUUUGAGCCAUUUGAAAGACGACAAAAACCUGUUUCACUAGUUGCUUUUAGAAAAAAUGGGAUAGAGCCUCGCCAAACGAUAAAUGUCCAGAAUAAAGAAUCAGCUGAAGUGGCUGAAAUACAGUCGUCCUUCAACGACAUUGGCAGUUUCUGGCAUGAUUUACCUGGAGUUCGU